CUCUCCCUGCCAGAAUGGAGGAACAUGCGUUGAUGACAAUGGUUUUGCACCACAUGCUUCCUGUCUGUGCCCUUCUGGUUUUGCUGGCAACUUCUGUGAAAUAGAUAGAGAUGACUGUGAAUCCACCCCCUGUGAAAAUGGAGGAACAUGUACCGAUAUUGGUGUGGAUUUCAGCUGUUUUUGUCCCCAUGGCUAUACCGGAAAGCUCUGCAGCAGCCGUGUCAUAUUCUGUGCAAGUGGCCCGUGUGAGAAUGGAGGGACAUGCAAUGAACAUCCCCAAGGAGGAUUCGAAUGCAUCUGUAAACCAGAAUUUGUUGGUGCGACGUGCAAACAUCCCAGUAAAAACACAAGCCUCUCUAGAGUGACUAUGGAGACUAAGCAUAUGCAGAAUUACAAGCCACCCCCAAAAGCUCAUCACAGAUCAAUGCAUCAUCAAGAAAUCCUGAAAAUAACAAUGAAAGAAACAAUCCAAAAUGCAGAACCCUUGCUCAGUAGAAGCCAGGUGAUAUGUUUUGUUGUACUGGGCUUGCUUACAUGUCUUGUUGUCUUGGGUACAACUGGGAUUGUAUUUUUUUCGAAAUGUGAAACGUGGCUGGCCAAUGCCAAAUAUAGUCAUCUCCUGCGCAAGAAAAAGAACUUCUUUCAGAAAUCUAACGAUGGGGAAAACCUCUCAGUUAAUAUUAUCUUCCCAGAGAAGAUCAAACUGACUAAUUACACUAAGAACUACACUGCCAUCUAGGCCCCUGAAAGCUGAACAACAACUCACAACUUUUCAUAGCAAUAUGUAAAAUAGAUUAAAUUUAUUGCCUGUGAUUGGCGUCAAUAUUUGUGGGUACAUUUGCUGUAGCUUGUGCUGAGUGAUCAUGAAGAAAUACAAUGUAUCUUUAUUGUUAAGGAUUUUUUCAUUCCCAAAAUAAAAGGGUUUUUUUUUUUUAAAAAAAAAAGGAUUAAAGAGCAGGGAAUGUUAAUUUGAUUUUUCUUCAAGGCAGCUAUUUCUUGUAAAAUAAAAGGUAAUUCACU